AUGUACAGUGAUAUCCCUAAAUCGUAUGAAGAUGCUAUGAUUCAGUGCUCGACCCACGGAGCUGGAGUGGUCAGCGUAGAGACCAACCUGGAACAUGAAUUUAUCUCGAAACUUCUACAAGUCAACGACAAGUAUUUACGAGAAUGGUACACAAGCGGUAUCAAGGAGGCAAAACUACGAACCGGAAGUGGAUUCCUGUGGAAGAGUACGGGCAACUUGGUGGAGGGGUCGGAGAGUUUCUGGCAGGAAGGCCUUGACCUUAGCUCAUCUGUUGGAGCCAUUGUUUAUAAAUAUGUUGUCGAGGGCUAUAGAUGGAGCAUUGCAGACCCUUCACAAAAACUGCCAUUUAUCUGUGAGGUCCCUAAGUCAGAGGCUUACAGGAUCAUUCAGGACUUCAGGGAUUUCAAUUAUGGGGUGGAAAGGACUGAUCCCAAGCUGGCACAAAGAGGACCCCACUUCAUCCUGCAGCCCCAGAACACGGUGGUGGUGGGGUCGCCGCUGACGGUGGAGCUGGAGUGUGUCGUCGACGGGUACCCGCCCCCAACCUACUCCUGGUGGAAGGGAGAGAACUACCAACAACAACUCACAGCUGAGAAAGAUCAGCGCUACACCCUGACCAACGGGAAGCUUAUCAUUACAAAUCCCCAGGAUGUUCUAGACGGUGGCAAGUAUCGGUGCCGGGCCGAGAAUAAAAACGGCGUUGUCAUUGGCAACGGUGUGGAACUGUCUUUUGGAACUAUGGGUGAGUUCUCGAAUGUUCCUGACGCACCUGUCAACGCCAAAGCCUUUGAAGGUGCCGCCAUAGACUGCAGUAAACUGGCCUUUAAACCAGCUGUGAAGUACAACUGGUACAAACAAAGUACAACCCACUUCGUCAGGCCAGAGUACCAGAAGUACAUGUUUAUAUCGCAGAAUGGGAAGCUGUACUUUUCAGAGGUAUCCCGAGCAGACGAGGGGAUGUACUACUGUCUGGCGGUCUUGUCAGGGGUCAACCAGUACACCAUCUCAUCCUUACAGCCGCCGUCUAGAACAUCGCUGCCCAUAUCUCUGCACGUGCAUGACCAGGCCCCUAAGGCCGACUGGGGGCCGGUCAUACAGAACGAGUUUAUCGCCAUCUUCCCCACCCCGCCCAUCGCUGGACAAGACGUUCGUCUGGAGUGUUUUGCCUAUGGAUCAUCCAACUCCGAGUUCCAGUACAGCUGGCACCGUCAGAACAAAUCCUUGCCGGCCAACUCCUACCAGAGUGACCACGGCCGUGUGCUGACCAUCCGAGAUGCCAGACUUGAAGACCAGGGCGUGUACACCUGUUCUGUGACGCGGAGUUCCAGCACGGGGGACAGGAAGUCUGUUGACCUUAAACUUGGAGCCAAACCCUACUUCAUCAACCCCAUCAAGGACCAGCACGCAGACGUGGGUGGGCGACUCACCUGGCGCUGCGAUGCACGUGCAAGUCCCGCACCUGUCUACGAGUGGUACAAAAACGGGGAGCGCUUGAAAACGGACAACGAAACGAAUAUCAUAGUUAACCACAACAUCCUCGUGUUUACCGUGCUGGAUCCGAACCUCCACAACGGCAUGUACCAAUGCGCGGCGUCCAACAGCCACGGCACCACAAUGUCUGAAGGUCAACUACGUGUCUUAGCUUUCGCACCAAAUUUCCGGAAAUACCCGCUGCCGCACAUCACACGUGCGUCAAACGUCGGCAACCUGACCUUGAUAUGUCGUCCCGAGGCCGCACCGCUCCCCACCAUCACGUGGUUUAAAAAUGGCAUCGAGCUGUCGACGUCACUGAUGAACAUGGAGCAGGGGGUGCACGGGCAGCUGACGGUCGUGGGGAUCACCAAGGGGGACGAGGGGACGUAUGUAUGUAAGGCGACCAACGCUCUGGGGGAGGCCGAGGAUAGGACGACUGUCCGAGUCAUAGAAGGUACAGCUAUUACUGUGGCACCACAAGACCAGACAGCACUCUUCAACACCACCGUGUUCCUCUUCUGCCACGCCUCCUAUGCCAAGGGCACCGACAUGAUCUACAGCUGGUUGUUCAAUGGACAUCCCAUAGAUUUGUACCGUAAUCCUGAGUACCGCCCGGUGCAAGAUGACGCGACAGGUAAAACAGGCCUGUACAUCCAGCAGGUAAACCUGCACCACGCAGGCUACUACGAGUGUCAGGCUACAACCACCCUGAGCAGCGACAAGAGGGGGGCGUUUUUAACGGUCGUGGGUCCACCGUUUGAGCCUGCGGGUGUUGAGGCCGACACGACAACCGUCACCAACAUAAGCGCUCUGGUCAGGUGGAUUGAGAAUGAGAACAAUGGCCGACCCAUCACUCACUACAUUGUGGAGGCGGCCAAUGCUUAUGACGCGGAUACCUGGGACGUCGUUAUAGGAAAUCUGCCCGCGGAGCAGACGAUCCACUCGGUCGAGGUCAAGCGGUUUGUCGUGGUCACUGGUCUGCUGCCUGGGUGUGGCUACAGGUUCAGGCUCAAGGCCGUCAACAAUCUAGGCGAGAGCCCUCCCAGUGAGCCUUCAGGUUUUAUACAGACCCGUAGCGCCCCACCCAGUAUCCCACCCGAGUGCGUGGGUGGUGGGGGUGGUAAAGUGGGUGACCUAAUUAUGACUUGGAAGCCCCUGACGCGAGCACAGCAGGCGGGGGAGGGGAUCGGAUACAGGUUGUACUGGAGGAGACACACAGACAGACCAGAGGAUGUUUGGAGUGUUGCAGAAGUCGUUGGUAACGAAGGUCGUCACGUGACUUUGGUGGGGGUGGAGUUCUAUUACCUGGAGUACGACUUCAAGAUUCAGGCCUUCAACAACCACGGGAUGGGCCCUAACAGUUCUGUGGUGGUCAUCAUGUCUGCUGAAGACCUGCCUGUAGCUGUACCGACUAAUGUGAUGGCAGACGGCUAUAACGGGACCGCCAUGACAGUCAUGUGGACCCCUGUACCGCAGGUGCGAGAAAUCGCGCGGGGAAAAAUCGUCGGCUACCAGAUCAACUACUGGCACUACACCGAGGUGGCCACCGACUACAAAGAGUUUAUCAGACACUACGGACAGAUCGAUAACGGUAUCGUCAUCGGUCUGAUCAGCGACAACUUCUACUACUUCACCAUACAAGUCUACAACUCGGCGGGCCUGGGUCCCAUCUCUGAGUACUACUUUCAGGAAACGCUUCAUGCACCCGCCUCUCAGUACCCAGAGGAGAUCCGGGUCUACUCGGCCGGUGGUCACCACGUCGAGAUCUGGUGGAGGGGCAUCCACAUCUCCCAGCCCGAGGGUAACAUCCACGGCUUUGUGAUCUACUACUGGCAUGCUAAUGAGGACCACAGGACCUCGUGCCGUUACGUCAUCCAUGACCACCACGCCCACCACGCCCACAUCGAGGUGGACCCGGGGGUGGUGUAUGCCGUCAGGGUGUGCGCCUUCAGUGAAGGGGGGUACGGCAAGAAGUCUCUCACCACAUACUUCGUCAUAGAGGGUAACAACGUGUUGGUGGACUAUAAUCUGGCUAAGACAGUUGAGGCGUUCAAAUCAUCGGCCUGGUCAUCGCUUCAUGCUUCACGCUUCACGCUUCAUCUUGCUGUUUUAGUUAUAUUUGUGUGCUUGUGA